AUGGAGGAGGCCCGCUUCACCUUCCACCGAAUGCCCAGCUGGGACGUGGUGACGUGGAACAUGAUAAUCUCCAGUCAUGCCCAGAGUGGGGAUGUGGCAGCGGCGAAGCGACUGUUCGAUUCCAUGCCCGAGCGUAGCUUUGUUUCGUGGAACACCAUGGCCGCCGCGUACGUGCGCAACAGCGAUCCCCACAGCACGAAAGGAAUCUUCGAUCGGAUGCCUCUGUGGAACACGGUGGCCUGGAACACGCUUAUCACCGCAUAUUCCCAGGUAGGGCAUUUCCAAACAUGUUUACAGAUCUUCUACUCUAUGCCCCAUUGGGAUGUUUUCUCUUGUAAUUACGUCAUCACCGCUCUAUCAAAUCUUGAGAACCUUAGUGCCGCGAUAUCGCUCUUUGAUUCCAUGCCCCUCAGGAACGUAUACACGUGGAAUCUUAUGCUUGCGGCAUAUGCCCAAACGAGGCAAAUUGUUUGUGCGUGUCUUUUCUUCUCGAAGAUGCCAGAGCCCAAUGUGGUGUCGUGGAACGAGAUACUUGGAAUGUACACCGAGUCCCAAAAGCUUACAGAGGCACGCAUGGUGUUCGAUUCCAUUCCACGCCCAGAUGCCGUGUCGUGGACAAUCCUGUCCAGGGCAUAUUCCCUGUCCGGGCAUCUUGAUGGUGCGACAGAGGUGUUUGCAAAGAUGCCGCGUCACGAUUCCGGAGCUUGCACGGGCAUCAUUGGCGCAUUCUUGCAGUACGGCAUAUACGGCAAAGCCCAUGGCAUCUUCUCCGAGAUGCCACACCGCAGCAUCACGUCCUGGAAUGCCGUUUUAGUGGCGGCAUGCUCGGGUUAUGGAGAUUCCAGGGCAGUUUUUACCAGGAUGCCAAUGUGGAAUCUGUCAAGCAAGACCGCAAUGCUCCAGGCGCUUGCCCAGAGCGGCUGCUUGGACGAGGCCGAGGAGACUUUCCAUUCCAUGGCUUCUUCCACCGUGAAUGUGGAUAUGGUGUGCUGGACUUCAAUGAUAAUCGCCUAUUCCAUCCAUGGUUCCAUUGAUAGGGCGAGAGACAUCUUCGAUCUAAUGCCAAGGCGCGAUUGCGUGUGCUGGAACGUAAUGGUUGGAGCAUAUGCCCAAAACGGGUAUCUCGCCCUCGCUCAAGAAGCCCUGGAGAAGAUGCCCGAGAGGGAGGCAAUGUCGUGGACGGCGACGAUUGCCGCACACGCGCAGAGGGGCUACGUGGCAGAAUCUCGUCGGCUGUUCGAUCUGGCUGUCCAGAAGGGAGGUGGAGACGAUGCAGUGCUGUGGACGGCCCUGAUUGCGUCCUACGCUCUCAACGGCUGUGCCAGGGCGACCGUCGAUACGCUCAGGGCAAUGCUCCACCACGGCAUCCCAGCCGACCACGUGGUCUUCAACAGCCUUCUCUUUAGCUGCGGCCAUAGCGGGCUGGUAGCAUUGGCGCGGGAGAGCUUUGUGUCCAUGAGACACGAGCACUCACUGGAGGCAGGGCUCGAUCACUACACGCGAAUGCUGGGGAUUCUCGCGCGCGCUGGGCAAAUCGAAGAAGCACUAGAUCUCCUCCAAGCAAUGCCCUACCGCCCAAACGAUGUAACGUGGACUACAUUCUUGAGCGCGUGUGGGGCGGGUCAGUUGGAUCCAGCGAGCUCCAUUCACUAUGUGUUGCUUACCAAUAGCAUUGCGCCCUAA